AGGUAGGAUUUCUUGCAUUUAUUGCUAUGGUUAUUAAUUGUACUGCACUGAUGGAGCAUAAAACCCAGAAAAUAGAUGUGGUAGUGGCAGCAGCAGAGACAUUUACAGGUGUAAGAUUUUAGUGCAGAAGAUCUACAGGGGGGUUCUGGAGUAUAGGUUCCAUCCUCCCAGGCUGUUCUCCUGGAGUAGGAUCUGGUAGAGCUAAGGUCGUGGGAUAGGGGUGGUUGGUUUUGGGGUUAUAGUGGUGUAUAUGUGUAGGGUUAUAUGGUGGUGCGAUUUACUUUUUUUACUUUGCUUGAACUAUUUUUUUGUGACAAAAUGUGCAAUUCACACUCCGACCUGUGACAGGCAGCAAAACGAAUCACAGCGUCUAGUCUGCCGGAAAAUCACACAAAGACGUGACCAAGAACAAUUUCCAAGUUAGCGUUUUUAUUGUUGUUAUUUAAACCUUUAUUAACACUCUUGAACUCAAAAUAUGACUCAUUUAACUACACCUCGUCACAUAUUUACCCCACGUAGUGUUUAAUUCGCGUUGGAGACAGGACUUGGUUGAUAUAUGGUAUCUAGGUAACGCUAGCUGCUAACGUUAGCUAACAAUGGCUAACUGUAUGGUUUUUCAUACUCAAAUAGCCUCCAUCAUGGAGGUGCUAGCGAAUGCAGCCGUGGCAGAGAUUUGUAAACUCGUAGACGACGACUAUGCAGUGUUUCGUUUGGAAAUAACUCAAAGCCAGAAAGAAAACAGGGCAUUGCGGAGGAAACUACUGGAACUGAAGGUGGCACGGGAGCGCGCAGAGAGGACAAUGCGAGAGCGCGUCCUCGCCAGUCGUCCCAGUAGUGUCAGAUACAGAGCACUGGCAAGAGGUGAAGGCCACAGGAGUUUUGUGAAGCCAGCGGGACACAAUACAUGGAGAGAUGACCAACCAAUCACUGUUGAUGAGGGGAGUGGAACCUCAACCCAGCAUGUUAUUGUGAUAGAGGUUACUGUUGCAUAAAGAAUGACAGUUACUUUGUAAAUCAAUGUCCCUGUUUAUUUCUUCUGCAGAGGCUUCAGUUCCAGGGAUCAAGCAGGAGAGGUCUGAAGGAGAGGAGGAGCCACGGCACAGCAGAAACAUCCAGACUGGAGCGCCCCCUAUAGCCACAGAGAACCCCACCACCACCCCAGCGCAGCCCAGGACCCGAUGCAGCAUCACGGAGGAGGGGGAGGGUCCAGAGGUGCUGCUGGUGAAGGAGGAGGGGUGUGAGGAGGGUCUGGGGAACCCUGAGGGGACCAUGAUCAUGGAGGUCAACCCGACUACACCUCCUCCUGAACGCACAGAGGAACCAGCUGAGCAGCACAGGACUACACACAGUCUCACUGAGCCAGUAGACAUGAAGGAUGGGAAGCCUGAUCUGCUGCUGGUCAAAGAGGAGACAAUAGAAGACGAACCAGAGAGCAUUGACCUGCUGAGUGGACUAAAGAUGGGGGAGCAAGGUGGUUGGCUGGAGACUGAUAGUGGAGACUGGGCGGCCAUCUUGGAUUACCAGACGGGUGCAGCCAAGGGCCCAAGGGACGACAUCACAGAGCAGGCCAGGACCAAAAGCGACAUAGUUGAGUCUGCAGUCCAUGAGGACCUGCUGAUAUCCGGUGUUGCUGGCUGGAAAUACUGGACCUCUGAGGUGGCUGGUCACAAACCCUGGCCCCGGAUCAGAACCCUGGAUCAGGAGCCAUCGCUCUUCCUUCCCGAGUCGGAGCCAGGACCCAACCUAGAGGGGGAGAGACUCCACCACCACACAGAACACAACCAGUGGACAGAGGGACUGAACAACCUCAGUCCUGGUGGUCAUCAGAGAGACAGAGGCUCCAGUCAGGGAUCCAGUCUGCAGCCCAGACCCUUCUCUUCACAGUCUCAGUGCAGGGAUGAAGCAGGACCUGAGGCUGAUAGAGAUAGACCCUCCUGUUCCUAUGAUACAAACACCACAGUAUCCAUGAUGAACAGAGCAGGUCACCCUGGGCUUCAGCCUUCACAGAGAGUGAUGGGAGACCCCCCUGGUGGUAGUCUAACAGGAAGUAUGUCUUCUCCUUCAGGUUCUCGUCUAAUGCCUUGUGACUGGGUUCAUAGAAGGCCUGGGACUGGACCUGGGUCUAGCCUUCCUCAGUUACCUCAGGGUUACCCCACCAAUACAGACAGGGUCAGAAUGGGUGUUCACCACAAGAGGUACCUUGCCUAUAACACAGCACACAAUCCCAACAACACCCAAACAAUGGCUAAAGGUCAAGGAGGGAGCUCAAAGACUAACAACCUGAGGGCGGUGGCUCCUGCUUCUACCUCCUCUGGUGUCGUUGGGUCACAACGUAAGAGGCCAAGCAAUAGGACGGACGCCGACAAGCUGUUCUCUUGCUCCACGUGUGGGAAGCGCUUCGCUGAGGCGAGCUAUGUGAAGGAGCACCAGACCGUUCACACCAAGGAAAGGCCCUUCAAGUGCAAACUAUGUUACAAGAGCUUCUCCUUCCGGAGUAGCCUUAUCAGACAUAGGAGUGUCCACAAUGGUGAGAAAUCGUAGCAGUUUGUCUUCAGAUGUACGCAGGGGAUGUCUGGAAACCAUUCUUUAGCUGACAUAUUAUAGUUAUCAUGUGAAGUGUCCUGGAGUAAGAGCAGUGGUGUUCUGGAGGGUGUACGCAGGUGGCCGUAUACCCACUUAUUUUUCAGUGGGCAAUGAGUAUAGUCGCUUCUUAAUCCCCACGAUGCCUAUCAAAGUAGUGCAGUGGAGGUAUAGACUGUGUCAAUAAAGCUGAUGGAGUAGAUCUAGAAUGUUUAUCUUACAAUGUUGAUCAUUUAUUAUUUAUUCACAUCUUCGCAAUGUGCACACGGUGGUAGGCCUACGGGCAAAUGAUCCAAAAUGCAAUUUGUGGGGGAAAAAACUUGGCUACUUCAAAAUGGAGAUCGACUCGGUGGCGCUGUCCAUGCUGCCACAGACGCCAUAAUGGAACGGAUACAGUUUUGGCCUGACUGUGAAAGAUCAAUAUGGAUUCUAUCAUUUUAGGUCAUUCAGAGUGUAUGUCACUGUUUCACAUUAAAACAAUUACACAGGGCGCCUUCGCAUUCUGGAUUUUUUUUUUUUGCACCACUUCACCACUGGGUAAGAGGACAGUUAACCACUCAUUAGCCCUUUGUUAACUUGUCAUUUGAAACAGGAUUGCGUAAAUACCUGUUUUUAUAGAGACAGUAAACCAAGGCUAGAACAAGGACAGUUGAAUACUUACCUUGCUGAGGUGAUAUAGAUGGAAUAAAGUCAUUAUUUUGUAUUUUAUUCUUGCUAACACUGUUCUUUCUAAACAAGUCUGCUCUCAGCUUGAAAGAUACUGAUCAUAGGAGGUUUUGGGGCUCUAUUUUCGCCUGGCGUUAUGGCAGGGCAAGCUCACGUUAGUUCAAAUUGUACUAUGUUAAAAACUGACACUGGCGUUUUCCACCCCAUGCGCCAGGUUCAGCAAUUGUUGUCUAAUCUCAGCUCACUAGCUCUGAGGUGGGAGGGGUGGUAAUAUUUAAGGUGUGUCGUUGAAAACAAGUGCAAAAGUCACAAUUUCAUGCAGCGCAUAUCGAGACAUUUAAAACCAAGGAAAAGCAGGUCAUAGUUGUAACUGGCAUGGAUUUUGUGAGCGAAAGUGCAACCUAUCCAGCUGUGAUGCAAAUUGCCCUUCUACUAAUGGAACAAGAGAAGAUAUGUGCUUUAUGUGCUGGUAACCCUUGUAUUAAUAAACAAGGCUGUUUUUUUUGUCCUGCCCAUUGGGUUUGCCAAGUAGCCAAGCCUAUCAAUAAAGGGUUUUGCUUGUGAGACUGCUUAGAAAUACAGUGCCCUCUGUCAUUUUUGGGACAGUGACACAUGUUUUGUUGUUUUGGCUCCGUACUCUAGCAUUUUGGGAUUUGAAAUUAUACAAUGACUAUGAGGUUAAAGAGCAGACUGUCAGCUCUAAUUUGAGGGUAUUUUCAUCCAUAUUGAGUGAACAGUUUAGCACUUUUUGUACAAAGUCCCCCCAUUUUAGGGGCCAAAAAUUAUUGGGACAAAUUCACUUAAGUGUAUUAAAGUGGUCAAAAGUUUUGUGUUUGGUCCCAUAUUCCUUGCAAGCAAUGAUUACAUCAAGCUUGUGACUACAAAUUUGUUGGAUGCAUUUUCUGUUUGUUUUGGUUGUGUCAGAUGAUUUUGUGCCCAAUAGA